UAUGAAUAAAUACUAGCUAUUGAAAAAUCAUAUCUAGCUGUUGAUAAAAAAACCUAAUACUACAAAUAUCUUGUUCGUGAGACAUGGAUAAACCAAUUAGAAUCUAAGCAACACAAUAUGUGGUUGGACAGAUAGUAGAUUGACAAUUAGAGGUAUAAUCAAUUAAUAAUCAAUAUUCAGGAAGAGAAUAAGCGAAUCAAUUAUUAUAAGCAUUAUUACCUUUUCGGGAUCAAUUCAAAGGAAUAUAUUCUUCAGAUUUGAGAAGAGCAAAAGAAACAGCUCAAAUAAGUUUAGGAUUUCCUCAUGAUACUUUAAUAAUUGAAGAUCCACGUUUGAGGUUCAUAUAUAAUUAUACACAAGAGAACUCAAUUUUGGAAAACAUGAAAAUAUUGCUUAUUCAAUGUUAGAUCAAGAAAUAAAGGACAUUAUUUUCACAUUUCAGUACCAAGCUCCGGGAGGAGAAACCUGGUAACAAACUUAAGAAAGGGCAAUGAAGUUAAUAAGGGAGAAAUGCACUGAGAAUGGCACUUACUUAAUGUAUUCACAUGGAGUAAAAUCAUCAUGCUAAUUAAAAGGGAUAAAUUUGUAGCAUUACAUAUAAUUUGGGGUUGCAAAACUCAAUAGGAAAUUGCAGUUGUGUAGGGUUGGAAUAUGAUUAAUAGAAAAAGGAGAUGAAAUAAUUAUUAUUCAAAUGGGAUUUUCCAGAAGAAGAGAAUGAAUAAGAAAUAUGA